AUGGGUACUUUUCCCAGUAAAACGAAACGUUCUAAUGGUGGUGGUGUGAAAAAUGAUUUGUUUGAUCAACAAGGGCAAAGCUACAUUGACAAGAGCCAAGACUUGCAACAUUUUGUGAGGGCUGUAUGGAAGGCGAAUUUUUUAUCACCUGUUCGAGAAACACUUUCUGCUGGAGAUGCUAAAGUGCUCGAUGUUUGGUCAGUUCCUAUUAGAAAAAAAAUUAUUGUGUUUUUCACCAAAAAAUGUAUUGACAUUUCUUCUAUAUUAAAACAAAGUUGUGGGGUAGGCACAUGGAUGUUUGAUAACGCGUCCGAUUUUAACAAGGCAAAGUUCCUAGGGAUCGAUAUUAAACAGAUCCUUCCAAGCGAGAAACCAUUGAAUGUAAGAUUUCAAAUAGCGGAUGUACUCCAAAGAUUACCAUUUGACGACAACUGCUUCGAUUUCGUCUAUGUGCAAUUCGUCACGCUGUGGUUCACAGAACAACAGCUAAUCGAAAAUAUUCUUCCAGAAUGCGUGCGAGUUCUGAAACCGGGUGGAUGGAUUGAAAUCAGUGACUCCGACGUACACUUAUAUAUGAAGGUUGCACAACAGCUGAAAAAACGAAACUUCAAUCCUUUUGUGGGAAACCGUCUCGAAUUUUUUUUGCAAACCACAGGAAAGGUGCAAAAGAUUCAGAAAAAAGAACUGGAAUUAUCCCUUUCUAAUCUAAAUAUGUACGGAGCUGGAAUGGGUGAUAUGGCGUUUAAAAUGUAUUCACAGCUAGGAAUCCGAAGCGGAAUAGAACUAGGUGAGAAUUCACCUUCUUCGCCGCCUUUUGUUGAACUAUAUCAAGAUCUAUAUCAAGAUUCUUCCUCAAAGAUACUAGCAACUUGCAAUACUGAAGAAAACAUUUUUGCAUACGAGGAUGAAUUAAUCACCAAUGAAUUGAUUACUGAUGCUUGUCCAGAAGCAUUUUUUUUUAUUAAUAAUAAUACUGUUCAAGUUUUAAACCAGAUAUAG